AACUUGAAAUUAUCUUAAAACUAUUCUGUGAAUUAACUGAAAUGUUAAAUGAUUCAAAAUAUCCUGCAUUGAGUUUCGUGACCCCAGCAAUUGAAAAUCUUAAGCAACAUCUUAGUAUUUAUCAACCUAAAAAUGAUAUCAUUCAACAGAUAAUAGAUAAUAUACUAGACAAUCUUAAGAAGAACUUUGGUGUGCCUUCGACUCUUGGAUUAUAUGGAUCUUUUUUUGAUCCUCGUUUCAAAAAAUUGCUUUAUAUUAAAAGUGAACUUCGAAGCCAAAUUUUAGAUAAUCUUCGGGAACAAUUUACGAAACUUAUAAAACCAGUAACUUCUAACACUAUAGAUAAUGAUUCGAAAAUGUUAACUUUUUUUCAAAUAUUUAUUGAAGAAAAUAGACAAACAGAGUUUGAUAAAUAUAUUGAAUUACCUCAAUUGCCUAUAACAGAGGAAAAUAAUCCUUUAAGAUGGUGGAGUGAGAAUAAGAAUGUGUUUCCUACAAUGGCAAAACUUGCUAGAAAAUACUUAUCGGUUACAGCCUUUUCUGUUCCUAAUGGUGAGCUGUUCCCAGAUGAAAAAAAUCAAUGUUUAGAUUUUGAUAUUCUUAAUUACACUGUGUUUCUGAAACAUAACUUACUAUUAUUUGGGAUUUCUAAUUAA